AUGAUGGAUGCUCCAGCACUGAUUCCGCUGCGCGCUGUAAUCGGCUUCCUCGGUUUCCUGGGGAUUGUCCUCCAGUACAUACUCAAAGUCACUUUAUCGGUGGCGAUUAAUGGCAUGGUCGUGCACUCUACAAAUACGGAAGUUGCAGAUGAAACGUGUCCUACGCCAGACAACGCAAACGCCAACUCCUCCGGUACCGCUCAGGAAGGCGAAUUUGACUGGGACGACGAGAUGCAGGGGUACAUCCUGUCGUCGUAUUACUAUGGGUACGCAGCGACCAACAUACUUGGUGGCUACGCAGCGGCACGGUUCAGCGCUCGCUGGGUGUACGGAAUGGGACUCCUCACCGCAGGGGUGUUUACGGCUCUCGGACCUCUUUGCGCCUACGCUGGAGCCAUUUUGUUCAUGUUUUCACGCAUUAUCGUCGGGUUAGCAUCGGGCGUCAUAAUUCCAGCGAUGCACGUCCUCUUCCCAAAGUGGUUCCCCGAGAGUGAGCGGCAGAGAAUAACAGGAGCAUUGUUUUCAGCAACGUAUCUAGGUACUGUGCUCUCAAUGGCGUCGUCAGGAUCCAUGGUGAAGAAUCUGGGGUGGACUUCUGUCUUUUACAUAUACGGUGGCAUCACAAUAUUCUCAGUACUUCCCUGGUUUUAUUUUGUGUACGACGAGCCGGAAUCUCACCCCAGAGUCUCAGAGAAAGAGAAGAUCUACAUCCUCGAAAAUACGAAGCGUAAUCGUGCAAAAAAGACUGAGAAGAAUACUGAGUCACACCAUAAGGACGACCUCAUCGGAAACCCUUGGCCAAUGAUACUGACGAGUGCACCAAUGUGGGUACACGCAUUUAUCAUGUUUGGAACAGGAUGGGUGUCCUUCACGUUGCUUUCAGAGCUACCGACAUAUGUGGGGAAUAUUCUCCACUAUGACAUUGAUGAUGUGAGUAUAUCUGCACUUAAAUUACGCGGCCGCUACGCGUGCAUCGGCAGCGCGCUGUGCCUGCUGGGAGUGACGCUCGUCAACUGUGACGUCACAGUGAUCAUCGUGCUGUUCGUGCUGACCAUGGUUAGCCGCUGCGCCGUGUACGGCGGCUCCUACAUGAACCACCUCUACCUCUUCCCGCAGGCCUACGGUAGCGCGGCUGGGCUCGCUCUGACUGCCUCCAAUCUAACUGGUAUCCUCACACCACUUGUCACCAGCGCCUUUGUUUCUGGCAGACAAACGGUGCAGCAAUGGAAAUAUGUGUUCUACGUAUCAAUGGGUAUGGCCACAUUACCUUACGUUUUCUAUCUCAUUUUUGGUUCUGCUGAAGACCAAGAAACCCCAUGGAUAGAAAAGAGAAAAAUGAAGAGGAAACAGCAAUGUGUACCAUAA